UCAGAGUACAAUAACACGCAUCUACCUCCUGAACACCGCAUGCACAGCAAGUGUCCGAGUCCAGGAUGAGGAGCAGAUUGGAGGAGAGAGAGCAUGAUCAGUGACAUACAGGUGCAUGGUGAAGUUCCAAUUGGACAUAGGAUGCAACUCUGAACUAUAAAUGUACUGUGAUACUUCUCUUAUGUCAAUUCUUGCCUGUGCCUGGGAAGAAGAGCUGCAGUUUUUAAAGAAAUAAAGACUUGCACUGUUUUGACUUAGUCGAGAGUUUUGCUCAACUUAUUUCUUUACUUGCAAGUGUACACCGAACUUUUGAUAAAGAAGUGACUCUACAGAUCAACCAUCUUUAGAGGUGAGAAGGACAUUAGGUUCAGUUUAAACUAUACCAAAAUAGAAAUAUUUGAGGAAUCGGAAUAGGUCAGGAAAUCUUGAGUAAACUUCACAGUGCUACAAAUCAAGAGCAAGAGGCUUGGAGAAUGCUGCUCCCGAACGCAACGAUAAGUCUGUUACUCAUACUGUGCUGUACUUCAUACUACAAUGCUGAACAAACCUGCCCUGAGGUGAAGCUGGUGGGUCUGAAUGACAAUGAGAGGCUGACAUUCCUCCAAGGGUGUCCAGGACUUCCUGGAGUGCCGGGGACCAAUGGCAUUCCUGGAACCCCGGGCAGUAAAGGGGAUCAGGGUCUUGCAGGGGGUGAAGGCAUGAAAGGAGACCCUGGAGUACCUGGGAAGAUGGGUCCAGUUGGUGACAAAGGAGUGAAAGGCGACUCUGGACCCAUUGGAAAUCCAGGCCCAGCAGGAAUCAAAGGGGAAAAGGGUGAUUGUCUAUCCUCAAUUCAAACAGGUGCUGUGAGCUGUAAGGAGCUGCUGGAGCAAGGAAACACACUAAGUGACUGGUACACGGUGUACACAGCCAGCAAGAAACCCAUCAGUGUGUACUGUGACAUGCACACAGAUGGAGGAGGCUGGCUUGUAUUUCAGAGACGUAUUGAUGGAUCAGUGGAUUUCUUUCAGGACUGGAAUUCAUACAAGAGAGGGUUUGGCAUCAAGCAGACAGAGUUUUGGCUGGGAAAUGAGAACAUUCAUUUAUUAACAGAAACAGGUUCUCAUGAAUUACGCAUCGAUUUUGAAGACUUUGACCGUGUAAAAACUUUUGCAAAAUACGAGUCGUUUCAAAUCUUGGGGGAAUCUGAGAACUAUAAACUCCUUCUGGGUGAAUUUACAAGUGGUACUGCUGGUGACUCUCUAACAUAUCACAACAACAGCUCCUUCUCUACUAAGGAUCACGACCUAACUGUACAUCGCUGUCCUGAUACUUAUAAAGGAGCCUGGUGGUAUAAUGACUGCCAUAAAUCCAAUCUGAAUGGUGUUUAUAAAAAUGGACCCCAUGAGACAUUUGCAGAUGGGAUCAACUGGCAGUCAGGGAAAGGAUACAAUUAUUCCUACAAGUAUACUGACAUGAAAAUCAGACUCAAAUAAAAAUUAAAAACAUAGGAAUAUAAAAUAAGAGAUUUCGCAACAAGUCCUUUCUAUGCUUGCUCACUAUUGCUACUAGUGUGAUCCAGUGUCAUAACUCAGGACAGGAUUAACUACCCUCCCCAACAGAUUAUUGUUAGUAAACAAAAUACAUGUUUAUCUUAAUGCUACAGAGAUUAAUAGAUAAAUAUAGGAAGUUAUAUUUGUGCAGAGUUCUGCACUAACAGAUUUUCUGUCUGAGAAGUUUUGUCUCUUUAAUUCUUUACAUUUAGUCCUUUAAUGUGCGGCUGCUACGGCCAUCAAAGUACUGUUUGCUCACUGUCAUACAUCAAAAAUCCGCUGCUGUGAUAAAUGGUUCUGUUAUUAUGCAUAAUUCAAAUGUUUAUUUGAGAGGUGUUGUGGAGCGUAUUUGUUAAAGUAAUUCUGCAGAUUCUGUCUGACACUGCUUUAAUAAAUAGUUUAGCUGUAAAAAGGCUCAUCAAACUGUUGGAUGCUGUAAACUACAUGUCGCGCCCCCACAAUAUUUAUAAUCUAACAGCCAGGGUAUUCAUGCGCAGUGUCGGGUAAUCUUGCACAUUUACCCCCAUCACUGUCGACAAGAAAUGCUGAUAGACACAAAGAAGCAUGCUUGAGGAAACACACCAGAUAAUACUUUGAAGAACAGAUGAAAAAAAGUGAAUUAUCUUGUGUGUGUGUGUAAUUCUGUCCAGCCCCAGAAAUGGUUCAUGAACAAGUUUACUCUUUAGCCUCUAUUUAUAUGUAGCAAAAUUAUCAAUAUGAUAAUAGUAAUAGCCUACGGUAAUAUAUUUUACUGUAUUUUUCAAAAUAACAAAAUUAGUUUAAGUUCAAAUUAAAUAUUGUAUAUAUUUAUUUUUUGAAUACAAAUGGACACAAUUCAGCCUUAUACAUGGGUUCCUUUGCACUACUAGUCAAUUGAUAGUUUUAAAUAGAUAGUUUUGCAUAUCCCUACCUUUUACCUGUAAAUUAUAUAUUACAUAGUGAAACAAUUGUUGUUUUAGACACAGCUGUUCUUCAAUUAUAGACAUCUCUUUCUGAGCAAAAGGAGAAUUGCAAUAUUGCAAUACAUAUCAAAUUGGCUAGGAAAUAUCGUUGUUAUAUCGACUUGCCAACAAUCAUCCAUGUGAUUUUCUAAUCAGUCAAUCAAGUGGCAGCAGUGCAGUGCAUAAAAUCAUGCAGAUAUGGGUCAGAAACUUCAGUUCAUGUUCACAUCAACCAUCAGAAUGUGGAAAAAAUUUUAUCUCAGUGAUUUGGACUGUGGCAUUAUUGUUGGUGCCAGAUGGGCUGGUUUGAGUAUUUCUGUAACUGCUGAUCUCCUGGGAUUUUCACUCACAACAGCCUCUAGAAUAUACUCAGAAUGGUGCCAAAAACAAAAAAGAUCCAGUGAGCAGCAGUUCUGUGGACUAUAGAGGUCAACAGAGAAUGGCCAUACUGGUUUGAACUGACAAAGUCUUCGGUAACUCUGAUAACCACUCAGUAAAACUGUGGUGAAAAGAAUAUAAUCUCAGAAUGCUAUUCUAAGUAAAUACACAUAUCAACAAUAAUGAAUGUAAACAAAGAAUAAAGACACUCAGACAAAACAAAUUAAAAAAAUUAUUCCACUGUCUUCGUUCAUAAAUGUAUAAAUGAAAAACAUCCAAGAAAAGUAAAAAUGUUGUAAAAAAUAUUUUCCUUAAAAUGUUUCCUCCUCCCACGCCUUCCUCCUUUAGUAAUUACUGGUAUAAACUGGUUAUCGUUGACGCAUGGUAUAAAUAUGUUUGACUGUCAAUAAACCUUUGAAGAUGCUUUGAUAUAAAUUUUGUGUCAGAGUCUCUUCCAUUGCAAGCAUAUACAUGAGUGAGAGGACAAUGGAGAGUCAUUCAAUUGAUUGUGUUUACUGUAUCACUGAGGAGGAAACAUCUUUGUUGUGUUGUGAGAAUGGGGAACCAGAUAUGUCAGCCUAUGCCAGGGGAAACACCCAGAGACUGGAUGUUCAGAAUUAAUAAAGGCUUUAACCCUCUGG